GCCACAAAUAUAAGGGGUUUUUCUCAGCACAGGUGAGGCCCUAAUUUGGUCCCCUGUGCUGAGUGUAACCAGGCUCUCUCCCCCUCCUUGAUCCCACAGGGACCCUUGGGCAGGUGGAACCGCGGGCAGGAGCCCCCCUUCCCCUCUACCCAGAGGAGGGCAGCUCUGACGACGAGGGCCUAUUGGACCUUGUCUAUGCCGCCAACCUCGAGAUCCACAGCAGGCGGCCACCCCGGCGGACCCGCCUCAUCCGCAUGCGCACCCACGAGCUCCAGGUGUCGGACGAGGAAUGCCUGACCCGCUUCCGGCUGGACCGCCAGGCCAUUCAGGAUCUGUGCACGCUGCUGGCGCCCUACCUGGACGGGGCUUCCGCAAGCCGCAGGCAUAUCCCGACCCUUCAGAAGGUGCUGAUAGCUCUGCAGGUUCUCGGGACCGGCUCCUUCCAGCGUAUGACGGGCGACAACCUCCGGGUGUCCCAGUCUUCUGUCAGCCGCUGCCUGGACGCUUUCCUGGAAGCCAUGCUCCGCCACGUGCACGAGCACAUCACCUUCCCCACCACCGACUCAGAGCUCCGGCGCACCAGGGAAGCGUUUUUUGACAUUGCCGGCUUCCCGAAUGUCAUUGGGAUAGUGGACUGCACCCAUGUGCCCAUCAUAGCCCCUGCAGAUAUGCCGGCGCUCUACCGCAACUGCCACAACUUCCACAGUCUGAACGUGCAGGCCACCUGUGAUGCGUCAGGGUGCUUCACCCACGUGUUGGCGAAGUUCCCCGGGAGCGUCCACGACGCCCGGAUAUUCCAGCUGUCCCAACUGCAGAGGCUCCUGGAGUCGUGGCCUGAAGGGAAGGGAUGGCUUUUGGGUGACAGCGCCUACCCUUUACGCCCUUUCCUCAUGACUCCGCACCCUGAUGAAGGCCCAGAACCCGUGGCGCGUUACAACGCCACCCAUGAAACAACCCGGAUGGUAGUGGAGAGGGCGUUUGGCCAACUCAAGAUGAGGUUCCGGUGCCUCCACUCCACUGGGGGCCGGCUCAUGCUCCGCCCGGAGAAGGUGGCCAAGGUGUUUGUGGUGUGCGCCAUGUUGCACAACAUGGCCCUGAGGCGUCAGUUGCCUAUCAUCAACGGGGGACAGGGGGUGGACACCGAGGUUCCCGUGCCUCCGUACCUGGAAACGGACGGUGUCGUGGAGCAGGAUCCUCGCGGGGGGGAAGUCCGGGAGCAGAUCAUUAGCAAUUAUUUCUCGCAAUAAAUUCAGCUUUGAGUA